AUGGCUGCCAAACAACCAUCUUCAAGAUGGUGGUUCUGGACCAAAGUCCUGAUGGGUGGCGCUGCUGUCGCAGUCGGCGGACCGGCAUUUACAAUGUGGUUAACUCCUACCGAGGAAGAGCUUCGAUCGAGAUACAACCCCGAGUUGCGGAAGAAGAGUUUGGAGAAUCGCGAGGAGCGACAACAAGAAUUUGACGACUUUGUGACUCGACUGAAGGAAUACUCCAAGUCGGAUAAACCAAUCUGGAUUGUCGUGAAAGAGGAAGAGGAGCGAAAGCGCAAAGCCGCCGCCGCCGCUGCGAAAGCAUCUCAGAAGGACGCAGACACUCGACGAGAAGAGAUGAGGAGGGAGGCAGGCCUUGACGCAAAAUAG